UCACACUGUGAUAUUCAGCCUAGUUUAUUUCGCGGUAUUGAAAUGUGAUGUUUAUGAUAAACAACAAAUAACGUUACUUGCAUAGAACAAGUCGAGCAACAUGUAUCCAGUGUCCUUUGCGGCAUUUCAAAAGUUAAUCGUUAAUUUGUCUGAAAUUGCAAGUGAGUUGAAAACUGCCAAUGGAGACAAUAGAACGUUGGUCGAGUGGAGCAGAUGGUACUACAAAGAGUUCUACCGGAAUCCCAGCAUACGGGCAAGGUUCCCUGUCAAGGUGGCGCCGUGUCCCAGGCGGACACGCGACAACUUGCUUAAAGUACCGGAGCCAGGAGGAAUUUCACAAAACGAUGUUGCAAACGUAGCAGCUGCAGGACCAUCUCAAGUAGAGCAACCCGAAGUCUUAGUUGAAGGCAGCCAGUUGACGACGCUCGCUGAAACCGCGAAGUCCCAUGAUGCAGUUGAAGGCGUUGCAGUUGAAUGUAAACCAUCAGGAUCGGAAUCUCCAGACGUAAUUGUUAAUGUGGAGAGAUGUGGCGCCUUCAUCUUUCCGGUAUCCUUUGAUGUAUUCCUACAGUGCAUCAAUAAGAUGUUACUGUUCAAAAAAAUUGUCAGGAGCAUAGAACACUGCCUGGUCCUCUUGUCCGACGAUGAGCGUCGUCUUCUUACACUACAAAGGUUCUACAACCGCUUUUACAUGUAUCCAGAAAAGCGAUCCCCUACGAAUAUCUUCAAUGCAACUACAGAAAUCCCUUUGGAAAAGUUGCUUGAAUCUGGGAAACCACUGGACAAAAAAGCGGUCAAGACUGUGGCGGAGCUUACUGCAAUGAAAUCCCUUACGAAAAAUUCCAUCGUCAGCUUCGAGGUAUUUAAGAAAAAUAUGGCAAACUUAUCGGACAUUGUGGAGCAAAUGAGGCAACUGGAUGCUAAUUAUGCGAGCAAGGAUGUCCAGGAAUGUGCCCUUGACUAUUACCUGGCGUUUUACAUUACUCCGAGGAUCCGAUAUAAAUACGCAUACAAAUUAAAACCUUGCACGUCGACUUUCAAGGCCUGCAUGCUGUCCAUUCUCGGCAAAGAUAUUGCCGAAAAGCUUAGGAAAAGCCUCCCUCAGUUAGCUAAUCCCUCGCCAGGACUUGAUUCGCGCAGGCCCAACACUUCAUAUAUUACUGAGAGCAAAGGGUCAUUAGGGUCGCAGAAUACCAGUGGCUCUUCACAAAUCCAAACCAGUCCCAGCAUGGAGGUUGCCCACGAACCGAGUGAAGGUCUGUCCCAGUUAGCUACUCUUUCGCCAGAGAAUUGUGCUGCGGGAGCUAUUAGCACGACUGAAGGGCUAUCGAGUUCACAUAAUACUUUAGAAACUUUCGAAAACCAAGCUAAUCUCAGGAACGAUGCCAACAAACUAAGCAGAUGUAUGCCGGCAUUAGCUUCGCCAGAACGCCAUCUGCACAGUUCGAAAGCCCCUGAGAAGUCAUCUGAAGUCUUAAGUCCCCAAGUUAAACCCCAUCAGAGCAAGGAGGUUGCCGAAGAACAAUCAGAUAGAGCGCCCCAGUUAGAGAUUCCUCCGUCAGGUUUCGAAGUGCCCAUGUCCAAGACACCAGAGAGUCCUGCUUCAAAAACCAGAGCUUCGGACGAGACCCCAGCCAAACCUGAAGAGAUCACAGAUUCUACCGAUGUAUAUGAGACUUCCUUUGUGACGGAUGUUGAAGUGGACCUUAAAAAACAUGGGCGCUUUAUUUUUCCCGUAUCACUUGAAACUUUUCGGCAAUAUAUUAACUAUGACGAGAUUAUCCGAGCAAUUCUAGUAAAUAAUCACAUUAAAGACGAACAUCAACUGUCAAAAUUAAUUUCUGAUCCUUCGCACCCACAAUGCAAAAAAUUUUUCCGCCAGUUUUACAAUAAAUUUUAUGCACGCAAUGAUGUUCGUCAAAGAUUCAAGUACAAAUUCAAUUGCCCCAAUCCUAAGAUGCUGGCUAAGCUAAAACAAAAAGCUAAGCCACUUGAUGAAAAGGCUCUUUUUACAAUGAAUCGAACAGAUAAUGCAAAAGCAGUAAACGAAUCCAAGUCCCAGGUACCUUUCACUCCUAAAACAACAACAGAAAAUUGUCCACCAAAUCCCAUUUCUUUAGAGAUGUUCAAACGUCAUGUGAGCAAUCUCGAUGAUAUUGUUAAUGAGAUGCAAAAAUGCGAUGAGUACAAAGAAAAAAGCAAGGAGGAGGUAAUUCAGGACUACUACGAGGGCUUCUAUUCUGGACCAGACAUGAGGGAGAAGUUCGAGUGCCGAUUUAAACCGUGUCCCAGCAAAAAAAUAAGACAAUUGUUAAGUUUUCCACCGAAAAACAAGGAGCUACCCCCAAAGAAUCCAAAUUGCCAGGUGGCUUGUACCACAGAAAACCUAAGCGAUGAAAGUUGUCUGCAGUCAUCCAGAAAUGUAGUACGAGAAACGCAAAAUAUCACCGAAGAGAACAGACCAAUAGCUGAACAUGAAAGUAUACCAUCCACAAGGACGCCUAGUUCUAAUGACGACAAGCCCGGAGAAGAGUGUCCACCAUACCCUGUAUCCUUAGAGCUGUUCAAAAGUCAUGUGAGCAAUCUAGAUGAUAUUGCUAAUAAUAUGCAGAAGUGCGUUGAGUAUAGAGGAAAAUCCAAGGAUGAGGUUAUUCGCGACUACUACAAAGGCUUCUAUUCUGGACCAGAGAUGAGGGAAAAGUUCGCAUGUCGAUUCAAGCCAUGUACCGGCCAUAUACUACAACAAUUGCUUAGUUAUCCAGGGAAAAAUGUGAAUGAUUGUCUACAGGAAACUGAUUGCCUGGCGACGUGCACCACUAGAACACCGCUCAAGGAAAGUUGCCUUCAGUCCAAAAGCGAAAUGUCGUUACCUGUUCGCAGAAAUGCUUUAGAAAUCUUAAUGAAAAGCAGAAAAAGGACUAAAGUCGCAAAGGAAGCGAUCAGCAGUAAGCCGAUGACUACACAAAACACGUCUCAAUUUCAACCAGAGCCUUUUCCCGAAGACGCAUUAGUUGUCCCAGAAGACGUCACUACCAACCAAGGCACACAGCCACUGGAAUUGCAGCAUGAACUAGAAGUUACGGAACCCAUAAAAGAUUAUAUUCAACUAAAUGCUGAGAGGCUUUAUGAAUUAUCGAGCAAACUGAAGAUCGGGUGGAAUUAUACGGCCCAUAACUUUCUCGAUAAAUUAUUUAAAGGAAUCAACUGCCCAGUAACACAAGCAUUUCUAGAAGAACAAUAUAAAAGGUAUUCCGUAUCUACCGGGCAUAUUGUUGCCAAUACCAUUGCUGCUGAAGAAAAUGAGCCACAAUUGUCUUCGAAUUCGGUUGACAUAGAAAGUGUCUGCACAGCUCAAACAACAGCAACUGACACACAAGCAACUGAAAUGCAUACAAUUCCGAAAGCGUUGGAUCAGAGUUCAGAGCCAACGAAAGAAAGCAGUUCAGUUAAUUUAAAUAAUAACCUGGAAAGUCCGGCUAAGAUUAAAAUGAUCCAUGCUGAAUCAUCUAAUAAUUCAAGAAACUCUACGAACAGACCAAACACUGAAAUUGAAGCUGGAUCGACAAAAAUUCUGGAAGAUGGAGCAAGGGUUACGACCGAAGGAAAUUCCGAAAAUGAAAACAGUUCAGUAGAGAAAAAAGAAAAUCAAUUUCUUCUCGAAAGAGCGAAGGAAAUAUUUUUUGCAGAAGGAAGCAAGGAUCACAAUCUUAAGUAUUUGAUCUGCACAAGUGAAGGGUUGAUGAGAACCAUUUGGCGCAUACUCUACCAAUUAGAUCUUCAAGAAUUCUCCUAUUACACAAGUAUUCACGAUGGCGAGGACUUGUACAAAAGCGAAGACAACUUACACCUUUGCUUUAGGCACGUCGUGGACCAUGGCAAUUGGCCUGUAAAUCUAUGCGUCUUAUUGCCACGUUUAAAGCACCUACUCCACAGUAAGGGAGUGCAGCUGGAUAGGUUAAAUCUGUCCAAAAUAUCUCCGAAAAUUUUUAGCCCUUGGGAAUUGGGUACCUAUUCGGAUUUCGAUCAAAUUGUUGCACAGGAGUACAUCCAUCGCACUGGCGAGGAAAUUGAGGAUGUGGUAAAAUUGUGUCAAGAGAGAGAGAAACUAUACGCCUGCUGUUGGGCUCACAACCAGUGGUUACCACGAGCUCCACAGAUCGCUAAUGAGACACUUAAUGCUGAACUCGGAGAGGUGGAGCCGGUUAUAGAAAGGAUUUUAUUGAAGAAAAUUUGUGGCGUAAAAGAUGGGGAUGAGAAUAAACCAACUGAAAUAGUAUCAAUUCCCUCAAGUCCAAGUACUGUUUGUAGUAGAAUAUCGACCCAACCUGCUGAAGAUAAACUUAGUCAGCAGCCCUCACAGCUCAACAGUUUAAAUUUUGUGGACGUGACGGGUGUUGAAUUAGCUUCGCAAGUACCACAAAUGGUAGUCGAUCCUCUAGUAUCCAACCAAAUUGAGGAAACAUCACAGGUGCCAGAAACUCAAUAUGAUGCACCAGCGUCAUUGCAAAUGGCAUCUGUCAAGCAGGAACCCAUCAGUUUUCUUAAUAACCAACGCGCAUUUUGCGACUCCGAAAAAUGCCAAUGGGAACACAUUAAUCCCGAGGAGCAAACAAUAGACUUGGACUCUACCGAAAGUGAUGGACCAAGUCUGUCCUGCUUUGCCAUACAAAAUCAGAAUUCCGAGGACCAAAUACACUUUAUUCUGGAGGAUUCUGUGCACGCAGAGAAUCAUGAUUACGUUAAGAAAACAGAAGUGCCGAAGUCCACAGAUCCUGCACAACUGGGAACCAACGUAAACACGUUGAGCGUUCGGUCUAUGCCAGCCUGCCAGGUUUCUGUGAUUCCUAAAAAAAGACAGGCAGCCAGCCCACGUUUGAAUUCAAAACGAAUGAAACUGAUGAACGAUAAGGUUCCGCAACUAAGACACGAGUUUCAGCCGUUGCCAAUGGGUGUGAAAGUGGUCCAAAGUAAAGCGCUUAUCCUUCCCGACUCUCAAAAUAUCAGAACGAGUCAGACUGCAAAGACCAAACCCACGGAAAGUCCUCCCCAUCAUCAAGUCAACAUCACUCCAUCGCAAGAAUUCGCUGUCGGCAAUACACUGUUGGAAUGCUCCGAGCUUCAAGGUCUACUAGAUUCUAACGAUGUCAACGAUGGCAAGGUAAAUAAAGAAGAUCAUCCUGUUUCUGGCAGCGCUUGUACUUCGAAGCGCCUUGCCGCAUCCUCUCCUCAAAGCAGCGUUAUAUACCGCGAUCUUGAGCUAUUCAGUUUCUAUAAAUCGCUAACGCUAGAGCAAAUAAUUAAGUACCGGAUCGAAGGACCUCUACCAGGGGCCACUUAUCAGAAGGCGUUGGUCAAGAUCAACGAUAAGUUGUGCAAUGUCAGGGGUCCCCUGAUCUCCAGUCUUUUUCCCUACCUCUCAUCCACAUUGCGAUCUGAUCUGGAGCUGGUGCUCCAUGAUUUAGGAGAAUUCUUCUACAAACGCAGCUGGCCGGCACAUACGGAUGCCACAGUGGACUUUCGCAAACGGGUUUUAUUCGUAUUUAUGAACUUAAGCCCGAGAUUCGCGCCCUUUUCCAUUAAGUUCGAUAAUGAAUCCAGGGAAUGGGGUACCUGCAUCGAAGCCAAUGUGGGUGAUAAGUCAUUGGACCAACGAGACACUACCUUCAACGCAGAAGAGCUUAUCAAGCCAAACAUUCUGAACAGUAUCGAACAGUUAAAAUGUAAAUUGGUUACUUAAUAUUCACCGAAUUAUUAUAUGGUAUUAUUUAUUAUACAAAUUUUUUACUUGAAUAAAUAUAUUUUAACGUUGCCU